AUGUUUAUUUUCGGACGGCCCCAACCCUCACAUCGCAUGAUUCUAGUGCUUAUCGUGCUGGGCUCAGGUGCUUAUCGUGCUGGGCUCAGGUGCUUAUCGUGCUGGGCUCAGGUGCUUAUCGUGCUGGGCUCAGGUUCUUAUCGUGCUGGGCUCAUGUGCUCACAUUCGCACUCCCCCUUGCUCCCCUCCCCCGUUCUCCACGACACAUGCAUCUUUUCCUCCCCCCCCACAUCACCUUCCGCCCUCACGCUCGUUUUCCAACCUCACUGCCGCUUCAGCAGCUCGUGUUUCAUGCAGCCGCGCAGCACCGUUGCUCCACACAAUCCUUGCUGCGCCGCACCCUGUGCCCUUUCUUUCUCCCCACACACAGGCAACCCCUUUUCGCACGCCAUACAAGUUUCACCCCCCCUGCUUCCCCCACACUCACUCAUGCUCGCCUUGCUGCUGCGCACCCCCUACCUCCUGCACCUUCCUCCCCCCUGCAUGCUUCCUCCGCCUGCGCCGCUACCCUCCACAUACGCCCCUCCCUUUCCCCGUCCUCUCAGGGGGCCACACGGCGGAGAUGCUGUGUGUGGUGGGCGCCCUGGACCACACACAUACGUGUUCACCCUCCCUGCUCCUUCCACAAUUACUCCCUUCCGCCCCGCGCCCCUGCCUUUCCUCCGCCCCCUCAGGCGGCCACACGGCGGAGAUGCUGUGUCUGGUGAGCGCCCUGGACAGUGGGCGCUACAGCCCGCGCUGCUACAUCUGCUCCCAUCAGCCUGCCAAUUCGCGCCUCUCUUCCCCCUCCCCUCCCCCCCCUCCCCCAGCGGCCCACACAGCGGAGAUGCUGUGUCUUGGGGCCACACGGCGGAGAUGCUGUGUCUGGUGGGUGCGCUGGACCACGGGCGCUACAGCCCGCGCUGCUACAUCGCUGCUGCCACCGACGCCAUCAGCCUGCCCAAGGCACGCCAGCUAGAGCAAGCCCUCGCACAGAAAGCAACCACUUCCCCCCUCGCCCCUGCCUCGGCCGCCCCCCCCCCUUCGUACCUAUCGGGGUAUUGCAGUCGAGAGGUGGAGCACUUAUACGUCACCUCCAUGCUCAUCCUGCGUUUUCCCCACUCCUGCUCGCACAUCCCAUGCAUAGCAGGAAGCGCCUGCUCCCGCCUUGCCUGUCCCGCCCCCCUCGUACCUAUCGGUGUAUCGGAGUCGAGAGGUGGGGCAGUCAUACCUCACCUCAGUGCUCACCACCAUCGCCGCCACGCUGCACGCCAUGCUGCUUGUGGCGCGUGUCAGACCCCAACUGGUGCGUCCAUCCAUGCCGCUUUCCUCUUGUCUCUUGUGCUGCUGUGGCUUCGUUUCUGUUACAGUCUGAUUUCUCGUGGACCUGCCACUCAGUGGCAUGCCAUUCCAUGGCAUAGCAUUCAUCAUAGCAUUCCUGCGCUCUUCUCUCAUCACAGCUCAUCAUUCUUGCCCAUCCGUGCCCGUCCUUGUCCAUCCGUCUCGCUCCAUGCAUAUGCAGCUGCUCUGCAACGGGCCGGGCACCUGCCUGCCAAUCUGCAUCGCCGUUUUCACACUGCAUGUGCAUGUGAGGUGCAUGGGAGGUGCAUGGGAGGUGCAUGGGAGGUGCAUGGGAGGUGCAUGGGAGGUGCAUGGGAGGUGCAUGGGAGGUGCAUGGGAGGUGCAUGGGAGGUGCAUGGGAGGUGCAUGGGAGGUGCAUGGGAGGUGCAUGGGACUACAUCGACUUUGGUGCCUCCUCCCUUUCUGCACCCACAGCCACCAUCUUCAUCACCAUACAUCGGAUGUCCCCUGCUCUUCCCCACUUCUCACACCUUCCCUGACUCCAAUCUGACACCUGUCUCCUUCCCUUUGCGUUCCCUGCACAGCCAGUCCCAGAACACAGGAAAACAGAGCAAGGGGGUGCGGCUCAUGCGACUCAUCAGAACCCAAUUCCGCAACCCCUUACCAUCGUGGUGGCAGGUGCUGGGAGUGCAGAGCAGCAGCAUCGUGUUCGUGGAGAGUGUGGCGCGCGUUGCAGUGCUGGGAGUGCAGAGCAGCAGCAUCGUGUUUGUGGAGAGUGUAGCACGAGUGGACCACCUGUCGCUCACAGGCCGCCUGCUGCACCGCCUGGGCAUCGUAGACCGGUUCUUCGUGCAGUGGCCGCACCUCACCAGCUCAUGCAAGGGCACCCACUAUCUGCUGCCCCGCGCCCCGCUGCCCUGCGCGCUGCUGCCCCGCGCCCCGCUGCCCCGUGCGCCGCUGCCCCACGCGCUGCUGCUCCGUGCGUCGCUGCCCCGCGCACUGCUGCCCCGCGCGCUGCUGCCCUGCGCGCCCCGCUGCCCCGCGCACCGCUGCCCUGCGAGCUGCUGCCCCGCGCCCGCUGCCCUCCGCGCUGCUGCCCCGCGCCCCGCUGCCCCGUGCGCCGCUGCCCCACGCGCUGCUGCUCCGUGCGUCGCUGCCCCGCGCCCUGCUGCCCCGCGCGCCGCUGCCCCGCGCGCCCCUCUGCCGUGCGCCGCUGCUGCCCGUGCGCUGCUGCCGCCUGUGCGCCGCACCGCUGCUGCUGCCGCCCUUGCACCCCUGCCGCCCGCGCGCCGCCCAAACCCAACCCUAGCACUAACCAAGGUGUACACCACCUAG